UGGGUCCCGCCCCCCAUGUCGAGCGGCGGCGGCGGCGGCGGCGACGAGGACGCCGGCACCAAGCGCGUGGCGGACCGCUACCUCAAGCGCGAGGUCCUCGGAGAGGGCACGUACGGAGUCGUCUUCAAGGCCAUCGACACCAAGACUGGGGUGACAGUUGCGAUCAAGAGAAUCCGGCUAGGGAAGUACAAGGAAGGCGUCAACUUCACAGCACUGAGGGAAAUCAAGCUGCUCAAGGAGCUCAAAGAUCCUAAUAUCAUCGAGCUGAUCGAUGCCUUCCCUUACAAGGGAAACUUGCACCUUGUGUUCGAGUUCAUGGAAACAGACUUGGAAGCUGUCAUACGUGAUAGGAACAUUGUGUUAUCUCCAGCGGACAUAAAAUCAUACAUUCAGAUGAUGUUGAAAGGUUUAUCCUUCUGCCACAAGAAAUGGGUGCUACACAGGGAUAUGAAACCAAAUAAUUUGCUUAUCGGUGCUGAAGGACAGCUCAAGCUUGGGGAUUUUGGUCUGGCGCGCAUAUUUGGGAGCCCAGAACGCAACUUCACUCACCAGGUCUUUGCACGAUGGUAUCGAGCGCCGGAAUUAUUGUUUGGCACUAAGCAAUAUGGAUCUGCCGUUGAUGUCUGGGCUGCUGGUUGUAUUUUUGCUGAAUUGCUGCUUAGACGACCCUUUCUCCAGGGUUCUAGUGACAUCGACCAGCUUGGGAAGAUUUUUGCAGCGUUUGGAACUCCAAAGUCUUCUCAAUGGCCAGACAUGGUUUAUCUUCCAGAUUAUGUCGAAUAUCAGUUUGUCUCUGCUCCUCCACUUCGUUCGUUGUUUCCAAUGGCCAGUGAUGAUGCUUUGGAUCUUCUGUCAAAAAUGUUUACAUAUGACCCAAAAGCGAGGAUUACCGCUCAGCAGGCUCUUGAGCACAGGUACUUCUCAUCAGUACCAGCGCCAACAAAACCGGCUUUACUUCCAAGACCAAAGCUGAAAGGGGACUCAGGGAAUGACAAGAUACCUGAUCUGAACCUGCAGGGUGGCCCUGUCGUUCUGUCCCCGCCGAGGAAGUUGCGCAGGGUGUCUGCCCCUGAUGGGACAGAAAGCAAUAUUCAUCGAGCAGAGAAAGCAGAAGAAAUUCCUCCUACAGGCUUGAGGCGGCAUACUGAUGAGAACAUGUCCAGUCAGAGUUCUAGAAUACCAAUGUCAGUUGAUGUUGGAGUUGUGUUUGGCACACGACCAGCUCCUAGACCAACAUUGAACAGUGCCGACAAGUCACGUUUAAAAAGGAAAUUAGAUAUGGAUCCUGACUUUGGGUACGCAGAGUAAAAGAAGCUUGCAUGCACCAUUUUUUCCCUCACCGACGUGUUGAUUAUUCUUUGGGGUGACAAUUCCACUAUUUUACCAACAAAACAAUGUGUCCAAAGCCAUAAAAACUUCACCGAAGACGGCUGACACAAUCAACUGUGAUGCUAUCGUAUAACUGCCCAGCCAGCUCAUGAACCGGAAAGUGAAGAGAGUCCCUAAUUUUACACUGAGAGAGGUGCACGGGUCCAUGGAGAAGGCUCCUCGAUUUGUAAUAUUUAUUGGGUACAUGAGUUUGCUCCGGCGGGAACCCCAGUCCGUAAUCUAUAUUGGAUACGUGAGUUUGCUCCAGCGGGAACCUCAGUUCUGUAAUCUUUAUUGGAUACAUCAGUUUGGUUCGUCAUUUUGUUCUUGUGUGGACAAUGAGCUUUGAGUGUUGUUUAGUAAGGCAUCUUAGGUGCAGUAAUUCUUGUAACCAAGAGCAGGUUAUAUAUUGUUUUUUUUGUACGGCUAUGUAACAGUUGAUUGGUGGCCAAAAAGAAAAAUGAGAAAAUGAAGUGUUGAUUCCAGAUGAACUGUUCUAUAA